AUGAAGGGAGUUCUAGAAAUAGAAAGGGAGAUGGGAAGAAGACGGAGACAUGUGUCUGAAGAGAGUCCGGCUCUUUAGGAUCUCAAUAAAAAUUGGAGUACACGUUUUAUUGAAAAUGUUUCGGAUUAUUGAUUCGCUGAAAAUGAUGUUCUGAUGCUCGCUGAUCUUCUUGUGGUGGUGAUGAUGAUGCUCGGAUUUUAAGAGUAUUGUUAUUGAUUCAUGUCCGUUCAUAGACAUGGUUCUUUGUGUAGUUUCAUAUUGGUUUGGUUUGGUUUGAGACAAAAAAAAAAGAAAGUAGAGAGGAUUGGAAUUGAAUGUUUUGCUGUGCAUUUAUGUGGAAAUCCGGAGGAGAAGAUUUGCAAGGUUUCUAUCCUGUUCGUCCUGAAUGUCAAUCUGAUGUUCCCAGGACCCGCUUCAAAUCAAGGGCUGGAAAGACACUGAGUGCUAGAAGAUGGCACGCUGCCUUUACUGAAGAUGGCCAUUUGGAUAUGGAAAAAGUUCUCAGACGUAUUCAGCGUGGAGGUAUUCAUCCCUCCAUCAAAGGCGCUGUUUGGGAGUUUUUGUCUGGAUGCUACGAUCCUGACAGCACUUUUGAUGAAAGGACCAAGCUCAGGGAUCUAAGAAGGGAGCAGUACGGUUCAUGGAAAGAAGAAUGUAAGAAUAUGGUUCCGGUCGUUGGUAGCGGCAAGUACAUCACAAUGGCUGUCGUUUCAGAAAAUGGUCAACCCAUAGAAGAUUCCUCUGUUGAAAAUCAAGGAUGGAUCGUGAAAACCGCUGUUACUGACGACAGGACGCUCCAAUGGAUGCUCUCACUGCAUCAGAUCGGCCUUGACGUUGCUAGAACAGAUCGGUAUCUUUCCUUCUACGAAAAUGAUAUCAAUCAAUCAAAACUAUGGGAUGUUCUUGCCAUAUAUACUUGGUUGAAUCUUGAUAUCGGUUAUGUUCAGGGAAUGAAUGACAUAUGUUCCCCAAUGAUCAUCCUCUUUGAGGAUGAAGCCGAUGCUUUCUGGUGCUUUGAGCGUGUAAUGAGAAGACUGAGAGAGAAUUUCAGGGCAACCGCAACAUCAAUGGGUGUCCAGACACAGCUAGGUGUGCUCUCACAGGUCAUUAAAACGGUUGAUCCUCGGCUCCAUCAACAUCUAGAGGAUCUGGAUGGUGGUGAGUAUCUGUUUGCUAUAAGGAUGUUGAUGGUACUUUUCAGGAGAGAAUUCUCCUUCCUCGACGCUUUGUACCUUUGGGAGCUGAUGUGGGCAAUGGAGUAUAAUCCAAACAUGUUUGCAACAUACGAGGAGCUGGAAAACCGAAACAACAACAACGCAGCAGACGACCCCAAGUUACUAAAACGUUAUGGCAAGUUUGAGAGGAAAUACGUGAACAGCGGAAACAACGAGCGACAUAGCAAUACGAUUGCUGUUUUCGUGGUCGCUAGCGUUCUUCAGACAAAGAACAAACGUCUCUUGAAGGAAGCUAAGGGCCUAGACGACGUUGUUCAGAUACUAGGAGACAUCGCGGGUAAUCUUGACGCCAAAAAAGCGUGUAAAGAAGCGUUGAAGAUCCAUGAGAAGUUCCUCAAAAAGGCUAAUAGGCAAUGAAGAUUUGCUUCCACUUUAUAUACAUACCACACAGAGAUAUAUUCUCAUAUAUUUUUUUGGUUUAAUGGGAAAGUUGUUCAUCGCCUGCUGGAUGAAAAAGAUCUCAUGAUUCGUUUCUUCUUUUAUUUGUUCAUUUUCUUAUAAUUAUGUUAAAUAAAUGGGUAUGCAUUGUUGAUGAAACUGUGUGCCUUUUGAGUUCCAAGAAUGAACGUCGUGAGUCUUUCCUUUUCAUUCCUUUCGUGAUUCAUUUGGAACAACGCUAUAUGUACGACUACUCACUGACCU